AUGAGUUAUGGGUUGCCCCGCAAUUCCAAGAUCAACAAACCGAUAGUGCAGCUGGUCGACCCCGAGACCGGGAAACUCCGCGACCCCGAGCGUCUGUCCGACAUUCUUGCCCGCAUAGACAAGGAGAAGUUCUUCGUCGAGCUCGUCAGCGAGAACCCGCCCAUAGUCAAGGUGCUCUCGAAGCAGGAGGAGUAUAAGAAGAAGAAGGCUGCAAAACUGAAGGCGAAGGAGGCGAAGGGGAAGCAGAUGGAGACGAAGGAGCUGCAGAUGACGUGGGGCGUCGCGCCCGGCGACGUCGAGCACAAGAUGAAGAAGGCGCGACAAGAGUUGGAGAGGGGUAACAGGGUCGAACUGGUGUACGCGAGGAAGAAACGUCAGUCGAUGCCGGACCCGGCGGAACAGGAAGCGACCAUUAAUGCAGCACUGCAGAAGGUGGAGGAUGUCGCGGUGGAGUGGAAAGCCAGGGACGUGCAGAAGACCAUGACCGUUGUCUAUCUACAACCCAAUAACAGAGGGUCUUGA